CUUCUUUACUUCUCUCGUGUCGGUCUAUCACGCCCCCCGUCGGUCGCGCGCACUCACUUCUCUUGGGUGUCGCCGUGAACGCGCAUCCCGGCAGAACGGGCACAAAAUAAUGUAGGCUUAGCGAGCGAGGUAGCAGGCAAGCAUGUAAAAAGGGGCUACGGGUUUCUUUUAACGCGAAAUAACUCCGCUACACGGUUUCCUUUCAGUUCCUCAGCUAUAUGGUUUCCGUCGCGUCCUCGGCCAGCGACAAAGAGACAUGCCGCAAAAGACGCUGGCACACUUCGUCGGGCUGCUUUGCACUGGGACCUGUCUAGUGCAGGGAAAGGAGUUCUGUUUUGGGGUCGACAAAGAGCAGUAUCGCUGUGAGAUGGGAUACUGUUGCGGAGAGACCGAGUGCUGCACCUACUACUACGAACUGUGGUGGUUCUGGCUGGUCUGGACCCUUAUCAUCAUGCUGAGCUGCUGCUGCGCCUACCGCCACCGUCGGGUGAAGAUGCGGCUGCAGCAGGAGCAGCGGCAGCGGGAGAUCAGCCUGAUGGCUUAUCAAGGUGCCUCCAGCUCCUUCGUCUCUCCACCGCCCCUUGGCCUGCGAUUCUGGACAGACUGCAAGCUACCAGACUACGAGGAAGUGGUUGGUCACCCGCCGACCCCCCCUCCACCUUAUUCUGAGGCUCCUCCUGAAGUCUCUGCCACCAUUGUACAGCCCAUUUCACAUCCAGUGGUACCUGUUAUGCUGGAGUCUUCUCUAGAGGUUGGGCAAAGUAGAGAGGAGGCUGCAGAUUCACCAGGGGCUGGAAACAGUGCGGUGUCUCCUGGUCAAUCAGCACAGCCUGAGGCAGAGCUGGCUGAAGCUCCAUCCAUUGAAGAGCUAAGCACCCGCCGCAGACAUGUGACGGGCGACUCUGGGAUCGAGGUGUGUGUGUGUCAGGUGGAUGCCGGGGACAGCUCUGGACAGGAGGAGGAGGAAGAGGAAGAACGUCUGUGCCAGGGUACUGGAGGGGCAUGUUGCUCUGAGCGCGACACCAGCGGACACAGAAAACAAUCUUAUGACGCCCACCCCCCAGCUCCGGUGACCUCCAAUAACAGCGGAGACAGCCUAGUCUGAGAAACAAUGCAGCGUGGGGAAUUGAGGGAAUUGGGGCAAAGGCUCACUUGUCUCGUUGUCAACAUUAUUGUUAUAAAACCACAUCCAAACGUAUCAGGAAGAAAAGGAGAAGUGGAAUCCACAUCCUAGUUAUCCAGACAACCUCAAGUGGUUUCCUCAUGAUGGUAAUAAUGAUAAUGAUGACAACUGACAUUUUCUCGCUGUCCUCUUUUUUUUUUUUUUUUUUUUUUUUUUUUCUUCUUCUCCUAUGUGAAACAGAUGAAUCACAGAGAAGUUUUCCCCUCUUUCUGGUGUGGGGUGGGGGGUAACUUUGUGUUCACAUGUGAAGCUGAGGGUGUUUUCAUAUGAUGUUGCUUGGUUGUUUCUCAGCCCUGCUUCUGUGAUGAGCCCUUUCCCAAGGUUCACAGGCAUUUUAUCACUUUCUGGCUUAAGUUAAAGGCUGCAGCACACAGGACUCUUUGUGUGAAGAUAAGCUAUGAGAGAAGAUCGGUUUUAUGUCCUUGAUGAUCUUGUUAUGGGUGUCUGACUUUUUUUUUUUUUUUUGCACAGACAGUGAAAGUCUCUCUGCUGUGCAAGGUGAGAUUCAGUAGUUGACAGCUGUGAGCUAAUAUUGUCCCCACAAGAUGUUGUCUAUGGUGUAGGAACAAAUGAAAGAACAAUGUGUUCUUCACCAUAUUGCCUCAUUGGACUGUCAGUAGCCACACCCCUGCAGGUUUGAGGGGGGUGGACCAAAGCAAGGUAGGCGGAGCUAGACCAGCAGCAAUGCUGUUUGCUUCAGCCUGAGCAAAUGGAAGGCGAUAUCACCAGCGGGAUGCUGUCCUAAUGCUGUGGCUGCAAAACAGCAUCUAUAAAAAGAGUCUCAGUGACUGCAGGCAUACAAGGGCCGUGGUAAUAAAACGCUGUGUAAUUGGGGGGUGUGUGUGGGACGUCCCUUGAAAGAUGAGACAUGAUUCAUGUGGGAUGUUGGGCGCUGUUGCUGUGGUGGUAGUGACGUGCACUGAGUGAUUCAGGUUUGUUGGUAUUAGAAUCUCUGCUUUUACUGAUACCUGUUUAUUCAGCAAAAAAACAGGGGCACCAUUUUUGUGAUGUAAGAAUUUUGAAAGAUACGCCUUUUUUGUAUCAGUUUUGAUUUACACUCUUGCCCCAAGACCACUACUGUAGGAUGCACUGAGAAAUUGUGUUCAAGGGAACGGGUUCUGUGAGUUCUUACUGUGGCUUACCCCCCCUUAAUUUUAUUUCUGUGUACACCAUCAUUUCUAUUGUUUGUGUCUUAUUGGUAUCUGCUGUGUGCACUUCACACAGGUGGCAGAAAAGAUAUCCAGUACUAUUUCCUGCAGGUGUCCACAGCUUACACAGGUAAGCAGCUGCAGGAAUGAGGCUGAAGCUCAUGGCAACUCACUGCCACGUGCGUCAAACAAGUACCGGUAGUCGGGGAAGUUCUUAUGUCAAGGAAAGUUAAUAAAAUAUAUCUAGCACAACAACAUUCAGCUUUAUGACAAGAUGUCUAGUAGAUUUUUUCCAAUGGAAACGGUCUCCAACAGUGUGCUAUUGUGCAUAUCCCUCCUGAUGAAGUGAGGAGUGAUCUGGCUUAGAUUCAGCCAUGUUGUAGUGUGGUUGUCAAUGUAUGGGGUUAAAACGGUAUUUGAUUUAAUGUAGCGAGACGCUGGAUGUUUUUCCCGCUGUAGGUGUUUUCUUUUUUUAAAGAGAAAACCUCCUUUCCUCUCAAUUUCUAAAAAUUGGAUGCCAAGAAAGUUAAUAAUGGAGGGGAUGUUCUUGUGUAAAAUUAAUGGAUACUGGAUUGCUCUUGCUGGUCUUUUUGAUCAUUAACACCCGUUAGAAAUGGAAGUAUUUGAAUUUUGGGUUUCUAGAUAUAAAAUGGUUGUGCCAUGGAAAGUACAAAUGGUAAAGAAAUGUAGGUAGGGAAACACUUGAUGACAAAUGUAAAUACAACUGCAUGCUGUGUGCAAAAGUUUUGUGUGGGGUUUUUUUUUUCUUUUUUUUUUUUUUCUUCCCCCUCCCCAAAAUAUUUCCUUUAAUCUUGUGUUCCACUGGCCAGGCCAUAUCUGGUUUUACCGUGUUUACGAAAUGAAAAAGGGCUAAUAAACACAGAGACAUUUGUAAGUGUUGGGCAUUGCAUUUGCAUUCUGUAGCCACAGCUGAAUACCAAUAUAAUUUACAGCUCUGUAAUUUAAUAGUCAGUUUUAAAAAAAAUUUUUUUUUUCCUCCAGUGGAUUUUCUCUAAGUGGUCAGGUGUGGCCAGCAGGUCAUAAAUACCCUUAUCCCAUGUUCAGGCAGAUGAGUCACCUCUCGCCCGUGCUCGUAUGCUGGGUGAUGAAGCCUUAACCCCACACUCAGCACAUUCCAGUUCCACCAUGUCAGUGUGGAGAUAUGGGAUGGAAGUGUGAGCAACCAGGAGCCGCUCAUAGUGUGCUCAUGCUGACGAGGGCCACCAUGGUCCUCCUGGCAUCACAACUUCAUCUCGUGGGAAAAUCCUCUGUCCAUUCUGUGUUCAUCUGGGUGACACUUUUUCCUUUCUUGCUGUUAGUCUAUUAAGAACAAACUCACGGUUAUUCAUUUGUAACAUCUUUCUGCUUGUGUAAGCUGUCCUCUAAAGGAAGCGCGAAGCACAAGUACUCUCUCGGCAGGCGUUUUUCCUCUGUCUGCACAAUGCUUGACCUGGAUAGAGAUGGGCUGUACUGUUGUUUGAGUAAUGGAUGCAUUAAUCCUAUGGCUUAAUUAAGUUAACCUGGUACACAUGUCAUUUUUUUCUUUAUUAAAUGCCAUUGUUUUCAUAUUCCUUGCAUACAAGGCACCCAUUUUUGUAGAUUGUAUAUAUAAAAGUAUCCCCCACAUUCUCUGUGCUUCAUUAUUUCGUGGGCUUGCCCUAUAUUUAAACCAGCUGAUGUUUUUAUUUUGAUUCUGCACCCUGGCUCUGGAAAAUUGUAUGCAUUUUCUUGAUCAUAAGUUUGUUUACAUGAUUCUGUUUAUUUUAAACAUGUUAUGUAAGGUGUAAUUCAAGGAAGCGAAAACAAAUAUUGCCAUGUCACUCUGCACAGAGCAGCUUAGUAAAUCAGUCUGUGGUGGAGAUACUCUGACAGGUUGCUGAUGUUAGGCUGAGAGGUCUCUCCUCUGCAGAGCACUUGUCCAUGUUGGGUUCAGAGUGCCUCUGUUUUAUGCUUUUGGGCUCUUUUGAGAAGUUCUUCACAUGUAAUGCACCCUGUUUCUGAGGAUGUGGUAGCACUUGUACCUUUGGCAUGAAAGCCCUGUAUACCAAACUUGUCCAAAUGCAUCCUCAGAGCUCGAGGUAUGUUCUUGUUUGUAUGUGAAUUGAUGCCUGUUCAAUCACUUUCGUUCUUGUGCAUUUCAUAACUCCUCUGUGUUUGACAUGUCUGGGCUGCAUUUGGGGGGGGGGUUGAACAGUCCCAUCUAUAUUCUCUCAACUGCUUAUUUGUCCCCCCCCCCCCCAUCCAAAUACUUGUGUCUUUGGGGUGUGCCUGUUAGGAGCACCCUGCACCUCUGGACUCUUUCUCUAACAAUUACCAAUCCAUCCUCCUCUCCUAAUUCUACCUCUGGACCUUAGCCACACCCCAUAUGCCCCUAGUACUGUACUAUCCUACUAGGCUAUGCAAAAAUGUAACCCACUGGUAUAUGCUGCAAUAAUAUAUCCUUUGUAAUGGUUUGCUUUAGUAUUCAGUACUAGCAAUAUUCUCCAUACAUGCUGCACUGUGUCCUAGAGGGGUGCUUUUUUUGUUGUUGUUGUUGCUGGAGAACAAUGUGUUGUUGCCAUAUUACUUCAUGUCUGUAAAUACUUAUUUAUCUCAUGUUACCUCCAGGGGCAAAAAAUGGCAAAGCCAUCAUGUAGGGUGGUUUUUCCUGCAAAAAGUUUUUGUUGAGAGUUGAAUCAGAAAAUGUUGCAGAUGGUUAUUGGUUGUCAUCACCAGCUCACAGAAUGCAAUGGGUCAUGCUCAAAUUUAAAAUGUUUUGUGGAACCACAUUUUGGUACAUAGUGGGUUUUUUCAACACGACUGACAAUAAUAUCCAGGACUUAAUGCCAAAUAUCUUUUGCAUUUACACAUUUAUGACAAAUAAAAAUUUCAUUCACACUGA